AUGGGAAAUACAGAAUCAAUGUCUGAACCUCAACAUGAAUUUUACUAUCAACACCCUCCUGCUAAUUAUGAUGGCAGUUCAGUGAGUAAUAGCUAUCAUCAACCUUCUUCUUAUGCUGGAAGUUUGGAUAAUGAUCAACCCUCUUCUUAUACCGGAAGUUCAGGGAAUACUAACCAUCAUCAACCGUCUUCAUAUGCUGCUGCUACGAGUUCGGCGAAUACGUAUGAUCGUAGGAACAAGCAACCAACAUAUAUAGCUGACAAUUUCAGCUCACUGGAACAGGUUGUUUCUGCUCUGAGAGAAGCUGGUUUGGAAUCGUCGAAUUUAGUACUUGGUAUUGAUUUCACCAAAAGCAAUGAGUGGACAGGUAAGUACGCGUUUCAUCGGAAGAGUCUUCAUCAUAUCGGAAGCAGUCCUAAUCCGUAUGAGCAAGCAAUAUCCAUAAUUGGGCGUACACUGUCUACUUUUGAUGAAGAUAAUUUGAUACCGUGUUUUGGGUUUGGUGAUGCGUCUACACACGAUAAGAAUGUGUUUAGUUUCUUUCCGGGGAGUAGAGUCUGUCAUGGUUUUGAGGAAGUGCUUGCACGCUAUAGACAGAUUGCUCCAGUCUUGAAAUUGUCAGGGCCAACAUCAUUUGCCCCUGUAAUAGAUGCAGCAAUUGACAUUGUGGAAAGUAACAACGGUCAAUAUCAUGUUCUUGUCAUUAUUGCUGAUGGACAGGUUUCUAGAAAUCCUGGUACACCGCAUGGAAAGCUUAGUCCACAGGAACAAGCAACGAUUAGUUCCAUAAUUGCUGCAAGUCAUUAUCCUCUCUCCAUUAUUUUGGUUGGAGUUGGAGAUGGACCAUGGGACGAGAUGAAGCACUUUGAUGAUAACAUUACUGGACGCUUAUUUGACAACUUCCAGUUUGUAAACUUCACAAAGAUCAUGUCUGAGAACACAGAAGCAUCCAAGAAGGAAACGGCAUUUGCACUUGCUGCCCUUAUGGAGAUUCCAUUUCAGUACCGGGCAGCUCAAAAUAUACAACUUUCCAACGAACCUGUUCGUCAUCAACAUAAAAGAUCUCUCCCUCCACCAAAGGAAGUAAUAGAUCAUGAUAAUACAUUCAUAGCAACUCCAGGCGUGACAAAUUUCGAUUUGGUUGUUCCAGAAACUCCAGCCAGUGCAGAACCAGUAUGCCCCAUUUGCCUAACCAAUCCGAAGGACAUGGCUUUUGGAUGCGGUCAUACUACUUGCAAGGAGUGUGGAGCGACAUUAUCUUUAUGCCCUAUGUGCAGGCAACAAAUCACAACUCGCUUGAGAUUAUACACUUAA